UGUACUAGUCCCAUAUUUGCCGAGAAAGAAAUGGACCGGGGUUAAUGUGUGCCGAGACUGAUGAGACGCUAGCUAGUAGGCAGGGAGGGCACAAGCAGCAACUGCAACUGCCACUGCAGCUGCAUUUGUACUUGGUGAUGAGAGAGGGGGAGCUUUAAGCUUGGUAGUCCCCCUCUGCUCUUACUUGCAUGGUCCCCCUCUCCCUCCUCUCCGCUUGCUCCGGCCCUUGCAACGCCCAUCCCCUUAAAACCGCACCAACUCGUAGCCAAUUUCUUCAGCGCACAGACCAAACACAGCUGCGAGAUUGUAGCAGCAGCUACCUGGUUAGCCGUCGCCACCGCUCGUCCACGCGCAGUCCAGAAUUGCGCUGAGUUGGGAGCGACUUCUUCGUUAGUUCGAGAGUUAUUAGUUUGGUUUUGUUAGAGCAUGGCGAAGCCGCAGGACGUGCGCAGCGUCGACUCGUUCUCGCAGCUGCCGUUCAUCCGGCCGGCGCCGCCGCCUCCGCCGCCGCAGCAGCAGCAGCCGCGGGACACAAUCCGGCUGUUCGGCUGCGAGUUCUCCAACGACCUGCAGCUGCGACCCUCGGAGGGCGCCGGGGCAGGCUCCUCCGACGCGGCCAACGGAAGCACGGUCACGUCCGAGGGCAGCAACGGCGGCAGCACCAAGAACGGCGCCGGCGCCGCCACGGCGGCGGAGCGCAAGUUCGAGUGCCACUACUGCUGCCGCAACUUCCCGACGUCGCAGGCGCUGGGCGGGCACCAGAACGCGCACAAGCGGGAGCGCCAGCACGCCAAGCGGGCCCACCUCCAGGCCUCCCUCGCCAUGCACCGCUACAUGCCGGGACACAUGUACGGCCUCUUCAACUACCACCACAUCGGCGGCCGCUUCGACCACCCGCCGCCGCCGCCACCGCCGGCGCACUACCCGAUGUGGACGAGCGCCGCCCCGGGAGCCUUCGCCGGGCCAGGCUCCAUGGCGCAGCCCAUCAACGGUAGCCCGGUGCAGGGGCUAUGGGGCGUUCCGCCGCAGACGGAGAAUUUCGGCGCGGCCGCCGGCAGGCAGCUGGUCGCUGACGACAAGGCUACGGUGGCGGGGCCGGCGGCAGGGGAUGUGGCAUGCAAGGACGAGAAGGUGCCGAUGAGCUUGCUGUCCUCGUCGCCUUCGUUAUCGUCGUGCUCGUCGACGUCCCCGGAGAUGCUAGGUAGGUGUGAAUUGGGGCAGAAGGAGGGCGUCAGCUUGGACCUCCAUUUGUAAUUCACGUUUUAAUUAGGUUUUGUUCUUGUGGAUUAGCAGUUGCCAAGGGUAUGUUAAUUCUCAUAGCUUAAAUAAUCUACUUUUUUGCCAUCUCCGGAUCCAACUUUAGCUAGUUCUGUUUCUACUCUAUUUUCACCAGGCGAACAAAAGAAACUCCUCAAAUUGCAAAA